CAACGUCAAUGUGCUUGUUAUCUCUCAGCCUUAUCAUACGUUUGUCCUUAUUUGAAGGUCAGAACAUUUGCGCCGCAGAGAUGAAAUGAUGUCUUUUGUGAAAUUUUAUGCAUUUCCUAUUUGUGUGCUGUACUGUUUGGACGCAGUCCUCACAAGUACAGAUGAUAUCGGGGUCAAGGUUCGCCUUGCCGGUGGUACUUCAAACGGAACAGGUCGUCUAGAAGUAUUUUUCAAUGGACAGUGGUCAACUGUUUAUAGUCGGAGUUUUGAUCAAAAUGAUGCUGAAGUUGUCUGCACCAUGCUUGGAUAUCAGAAUCGCGGGCUGGUCAGUGUAUUCAAAAACGUGUUUGGAGCUGGCUCUGGUCCUAUUAUUUCCACCGAUUUCAAUUGCCUUGGUACUGAAUCUUCUCUAGUGAACUGUAGUCAGCCAAACAGCUGGCAGGUACAUACAGACUGGAGACAUUCGAGUGACACUGAAAUGGGUUGUGAAGCUACUCCGAUUCGCCUAGUUGAUGGUGAUUCACCUCAGUCUGGAAGAGUAGAACUUUUUAUUUCGAAUAAAUGGUAUACUGUCUGUGAUAACGAUUUCGAUGACAAUGACGCCAGUGUGAUUUGUCGAAUGCUCGGAUUUUCUGACAGUGGGAUUUCGCGUGCUUUUUCAAAGAAUCAUUAUGGUCAAGGCUACGGAGGAGUCAUUGUAACGCAAUUAGAAUGUGAUGGCACAGAAAGGGAUAUUAAACAGUGUAAAGCCGAAUGGGGAACUAACUCGUGUGAUCACACGGAUGAUGCUGGCGUAAACUGCGGUAGGACAGAAAUAAGACUUGUAGAUGGUGUAACAAAUACAUCCGGAAGAGUGGAAGUACUCCAUGGCGGUAAAUGGGGAACUAUUUGUUCUCAUGGAGGAUUUUCCAAUCAGGAUGUCCAGGUCAUCUGUAAAAUGAUCGGUAUACAAAAUCCAAAUGCGUUCGGAUAUUCCAAUGCUUACUAUGGUGAGGGAACGGUUCACAUGCUGUUAUCACGUCUAGCUUGCGACGGUUCUGAAAGUGACAUUACACAGUGUUCGUCGACUGAAUGGGCUGGCCCUUCAGAUACUCGUCUUGAAUCAGACUUCAUGUAUUGUUCACAUUCCAACGAUGUUGGUGUGAACUGUGAAGGAAAAACGAAAAUACGACUGGUCGAUGGAGUUUCGGCACAAUCGGGAAGGGUAGAGAUAUUUCACUUAGGACAGUGGGGAACAGUAUCAAACAAAUACUUUGAUUUUCAUGAAUUAAAAGUCAUAUGCAGAAUGCUUGGAUUUAAUUACAGCUCAAAGUCUUUCAUCAAGGAUAAUGCAUACUAUGGUCAAGGUGUUGGGAGAGUACUGGUUUCGGAAAUGCAAUGUAAUGGCGAUGAAUCCGAUAUUGGUCAGUGUUCAGCAACAUGGUGGCCUAUGACAGAUUCUCUAAAGCAUGAUGCUGAUGUUGGCAUUAGCUGUGACGGAUAUAUCCCAACAAAACUGGUAGGUGGCUCAGAUAAUGCAUCUGGGAGGGUAGAGAUUUUUCAUAACGGAUAUUACCAUACAAUUUGUGCUGGAGAUUUCACUAGACGAGAUUUAAUCGUGGUAUGUCGGAUGCUUGGAUUUGAAAACAUUCCACGUUCUGCAUACUGGCGAUACGUGUCAACAUUUGAGCAGGGGAUCGGAACACCAGGAGCGUCUUACCUCAAAUGUGACGGAACUGAAACUAGUAUUGCGCAAUGUGAUGGACAUAUGCCAGGCGUUGUAGAUAGCUACUACUAUAAAUGUGAUCAUGCAAAGGAUCUUUUUGUCAGCUGUAAUGGAGCCUCAGAGAAAAUAAGAUUAGUUGGUGGACAUUCUAACAACUCAGGGAUAGUCGAAAUAAACAUAUCUGGUAUAUGGGGAACUGUCUGCGACAAUGGAUUCGACAGACUUGAUGCCGUCGUCAUAUGCAGAAUGCUAAAGUUCCCUCGUCCCGAACGGGCAAUCACCUACACUGACGCUCACCGUGGCCAUGUUAAUGGUCCUAUCCAUAUGAAGGACUUGAAAUGCAAUGGUGUUGAGACAAGCAUUGGGCAAUGUAACCCUGAGAUGGAUACACGUGGCUGUCAACAUUCAAAAGAUGCGGGAGUCGACUGUUGUCCACACUGCGAGAUUUCAGGACAGCUGGUCGGAUAGGUAUGAGGACUUCUGCAGAGGGAUUGCUUUAAUAUGGAAUGAAUUAGUGAAUAAACUAUCAAAAUUA